AUGGACAACGAGCUCUACGCCAGUGAGGGACGCUCGUCUAGGAGAGAUCGUCUUAUGGGCAAGUUGUUCAAGGGCAAGGAGAGGAAAGUGCAAGAGCAGAAUGAGUCACGAGCGUCCUUGGAUGCCUUCCUUCACAACUCUGCUGACAAUCUCACGGUAACCCAUGCCCCGCCACCACCACCACCGUCGUCGAUACCGAAGCUUUCCAAGCUGGACACAACAGUCUCGCGCUUCCCGCAAGCCCUUGGAGUCAACCAGCAGGCUCAACAAAACCGACCGCUGGCGCUCAGCCGUCCGGACAUUAACACCCCACGGCCAAGCCCACGACCCAAUAAGAAAGGGCUCCUAGUGCGAUUUGCCGAUACCUACCCUGAAGUAAUUGGCGAAGGCGGCGACGAGACAGACGUUCCUACUGUGGAAAUCUCCAAACGAAAGAAGUCAAGGCCGCCAAAGGCUCCUGUGGCACCAACACCUCCCCCUCAUCGAUCUCCCUUGCCGUCGCCUAGCCCAGAACCUGCGCACGCUCCCGCACCGGUCGCGCGAUCUGCGCCUUCUGGACCAUUCGACGAUUUCCAGCCAAAGCCGCUCGCCCGAACGCAGACGGGAUAUUCCUCAAUUUAUGCGCCGGAGGCGGACGAGAGCGCCCGAGCGCAUGAGCAGCCGCCGCCCAUACCACCACCGCGUGUACAACCUCCUGUCGAAGCGGAUCAGCAAGACAUCGGCGGGUCGCCGCCCGCCAACACACUCCGCCCGGGGCGCGCAAACUCAGCAAGAUAUCUGGACACGACUGGCCGGAACGAUGAGGCUAGAAGAUCUUUCAUCGAGGUGCAGAGAGCCCACAUGCGUCAAGACGAGGGUCAGGCCUUAGCACGGGCUUCUAGAACGGUCAGCGCAGCUGACCAAGAUUGGGAGGACUCGGACAAGGUCCCUCCUAGCUCAGUCAACAGCUCCCCAGAACAAAGCAGGCAACAACUGGCCUCUUCUGAGACCGACCCUCCAAACCCCUCUAUAUCGUAUAGCCCUGCCGACUCCAUUUACUCGAGCGAGUCGGACUCUAGCAAUGCUCGUCAACGUAUGGAGCCUAACAGGCAGGCCUCAGUUUUGUCACAGCACGCGCCUCCUAGAUUGAGCUCCAGAGAACCGAGCGCUGUCUCACAGAAUGAGUUGCCGCAACUACGAACACCACUAAGGCAGGCAUCCUUCAAGCUGCACGAUGUGGUGGUUGCGGCUGCGGAUGAUGCCCUGCAGACGUUUGUGGCACGCACGAAGCAUCUUUGCGAAUUGUUUCGAUUACAUGCAGAAACCGUCAAGCCUUUGUCUAACUGCGCACUGAAGGACUGUGCUCGGGCAGGAGUUUGGUGGUUUCUGAAAGGGAGGAUGGGCCUUGAAACAACGAUACGCGAGAAGACAAAGACACCGCAGCACCAGAUGCAAAACGAAAUUGAUCGCCAACAAGCAUACACCAACCUAGCAAAGGGCUACUGGCUUUGCGCCGAGGCCGUGCCUGAAAUCGCCAAAGUCCAGGGAACAUCGCCUGAUGAUGAAGUUGCUGAGGUCACAGAGGCUCUCGUGUCUGCACUCACGAAAUUGUCCAUGUCGAUGAAGAGAAACGGACUGCUACCGCCCGAGGAGGCGUUCUUGCCCCAGACGAUUGACAAGUCAAUCUGGGUUGAGUAUCCGCCUCUGAGCCAGGAUCUGGUAGCGCUACUGUCGGGCAAUUGGGGCUCGGGGUUGUCAGCAAUGCAGCAUCCAUUGUCGACAUUGCAUCUUCUUGAUGCGUUCCCUGUCAGUGAUAGUGCCGACAAUUUCAGCUACGGGAGAGUAGCAGCGGAUAUCUAUCUCAUGGAGCAAGGCAGAGAAUCACAAAGACUCCAUUUGCCGUCCAUGGUAUCCAUGGUCCGCCCAAAAAAACAUACCGGCUUGGUUUUUGUUCUGGCGAACCAGAACGGCACCUUGCAGCUGGCGAUUCAGGAAAACAAGAACGCUGGCCCAGUCUGGGACGAUAUUCGUUGGCGAAGCGAUACUUGUGCGCUCGACAUCAAAUUGCCGCGCGGGUUCAUGUUGGUUGUGCAGUUGACGCAACAAGACUUCCGAUCAUUGUGGAACAUGUAUGACUUUGGCGCAAAGGUCAAGGCAACACUGUACCCUAAAUCAGACGAGGUGAUUGUCUUCCGGAACACGCUGAAAUCGUUUCAGUACGUUGACGCGGAUCCGAACUCGAGAAUCUUCCCGAAGGAGGCUGUUCCUCACUGCGAAGUCGCUCUUUUCGAGAGGAUCUUCAAGGAGAGCGGGCCCCAGGGCAUUCGCAACUGGCAUCGCGGUUUCAGGGUUGCCGUUGUCACUGGGACUCAGACCAGAACUCUGAGCGGAGUACAGCACAACUAUUCCCCGAGUAUGCCUGUUCAAUUUGGCUUCUUUCGGGUGGAGGGCGAGUCUCCAGCGCUCUCGCUCCGCUUCGAGAACGGAAGACAACGGGGGCGAAUGAAUUUGACUUUCAACGAAGACAAAGAGAGGAUCAAGUUUCACUCGCUGCUCACAGGCACUGCACUGGACCACGACGAGCAGAUCUACGCAGAUGUUGCACUCAAGUCAGUGACCUUGUCUCAGAGCUUACGCGAACCUCUGGGCAUGUCGCCAUUCAGCCGUAUGCCUUGGAAGGCAGCUAAAGUUGUCAAUGAGGAGCUGGGUCCAUCCGGAGAGCAACCACCUACCGUUUUGGCCGAUAAGCUGAAGAUGAUACUGGAAUAUCAGAAUGGCACAAUAGCGGACAGGAUCAACAUUGGGCCUGGAGAGCUUCGCCUUCGUCUAGAGGUGACGAAUGCAAAGAUGCUCCGAAUCAUGCGUCAGCCGCAAGCAGACAUGACCAUGGCCGUUUCUGAGGCGCAAGUCCCUAAGGAGCUGCCUAGGAAUUUUGCCGACGCUUUGCAGUUGGUCAAGAUGAGCCCGUCGAUCCGUUCACUUGAAUUUGGAAGUCUCAAGGAUCUCCAUAACUUCCAAGCUGCAUUGACAGGGUAUGAAGUGAUAUUCGACGCCCUCGCCGCAACCUUUGCCAUUGCCCGUCGUCGCAUGGUUGUGCCCAUACACAAGAAGUGGGAGGCUAGCUACACGAGGAUACAACUUGUGAAGCAAGACGACAAGCUACAGUUGCUUGCUUUCUUUGAGGAUUUCCACCAUGGACAUUGCAUGGGUUUCGUUCUCAAGGGGACAGAUGUGUACGAGACGUUCAAUCGAAGCAACAAAUCAGGGCUGCGGUUCAUUGACGCAAAGUUCCCUCUGCCACGGCUCCCCGUCGAUAAAGAUGGCGACUACGAUGACAUGGCGUUUGUGUCGCUGGAUCUACCAGAUCUACCAGGAGAGCACGACGACAUCUCGAUCACGUUCGAGAACGAGACUGGUGAGUUUGCGUACGUGCACAAGGGCUCAAGCCAGGGUUACUGA